AUAGUUAAACAACUUUAUAUCCAAAUAGUUUAGCAGUUGUAUGAAACAUUUCAUUGGGUGCAUUGACAGUAUUAGCCUCAGGCUUUAUGUUAUUGAUAAAAUCAAAUAUCAAGAUUCUUAACCAAUCAAUACAAUAGCUCAUAGAACAACACCCUGCAACUCAAAAGAAGAAAGGAUGUCUUGGCUGUAGAUCCUGCUUUGAACUCUGAGGCAUUGAUGAUCCUCUCGUGAGCAGAACACACAAUGCCCUACCACUGUGUUGCCUAUGGAUGCGGCAAAACUGCAGAAGAUGGCGUGACACUGUUUAAAUUCCCCAAGGACCUUGAGGAGUUUCACAAAUGGGAGAAGCAGGUCCAGCGUACCCGCACCCAGUGGGUCGCCACACCCAACUCUCACCUCUGCAGCGACCAUUUUGGCAAGGAGUACUUUGAGCCCAGACCAUCCACAGGGGCUCUGAAGCUGAGGCCCGGAGCUGCUCCUACAGUGUUCGUCCGUCCGCACUGUUUCUCCUGCACUGGAGUGGGCUGUAGCAAGUGCCUGCCUGCUAUCCAACACCGGGGCAUUACAGCUGAGCCAAAAGAGCGUACCAUAAGUGCAGAAUGCAAUGAAAUGGCGCCCAUUCAGUUUGAUGACACUGAUGGAGGAGGUGAGAAAGAUCAUCUGAUAGGAGGAGGGGUGAAGCCGGGGGGAAAAAACAGAGAAGAACGACCAGUGGUUUGUGAGAUGUGUGGCACUACCGGCAAUAUUAGCACCUUCUUUUCGAAGACCAAACGUUUCUGCAGUAUAUCCUGUUCACGUUCUUAUUCAUCAAACUCCAAGAAGUCCUCCAUACUGGCACGUCUGCAGGGAAAGCCCCCCACGAAAAAAGCCACAGUGCUGAACAAGGUGAACAAAGCCCCUCCAGCCGCAACAGGACAGGAUGCAUCUGCUGCAAGUUUUGAGUGGGGCACCUACUUGGAGAAGGAAACCUCUCUGGCUGCAUCAGUGUCCUGCUUCCCACACGCUCCCCUGUGUGCUCACUGGGAUGACAUCGCCGUAGGGAUGAAGGUGGAGGUCCUGAACACAAAUGCAGUCCUGCCCAGUAAAGUCUACUGGAUCGCUACUGUCAUCCAGGUUGCAGGAUACAAAGUCCUGUUGAGAUAUGAAGGCUUUGAGCACGACAGCAGCCAUGAUUUUUGGUCCAGCCUCGUUUCGGGAGAGCUGAACCCUAUUGGAUGGUGCGCCAUGACGAGCAAGCUGCUGGUGCCACCACAAGAUGUGAAGCAAAACAUCCCAGAUUGGAAAGAGUAUCUGAUGAGGAAGCUGGUGGGUGCCAACACUCUACCUGUUGACUUCUACCUGAAGUUGGCAGAGAACAUGAAGACCUCUUUCAGAAUAGGUAUGCGUGUGGAGGUGGUGGACCCCAAACACGUGAGUCGGACCCGCGUGGCCAUCAUAGACUCGAUUAUUGGUGGCCGCCUGCGGCUGGUGUAUGCUGACCAAAGCGAUGCCCCAGAAAACGCAGUCUCUGAUUUCUGGUGCCACAUGUGGAGUCCCCUCCUGCACCCAAUGGGCUGGUCCAACAAAGUGGGUCACACCAUUAAAGCACUUGUAAAGAGUGUGGAAGCUGCUGCCAGUGGUUUGAGGGGUAACUGUGACAGUACAUUCAUGCUCUUUAAAAAGCCCAGGUUUGUCUACAUGGAGGGAAGUUUCUUUGAGGAAGGAAUGAAGCUGGAGGCCAUUGACCCUCUUAACCUUGGUAGUAUCUGUGUGGCCACUGUACACAAGGUGCUGUUAGACGGCUACCUGAUGGUGGGUAUCGAUGGCACCGUAUCAAACAACGGCUCUGACUGGUUUUGUUACCACGCCUCAUCUCAUGCCAUCCUUCCUGUAGACUUCUGUAAAAAGAACGACAUCCCUCUCACGGUACCUCAAGGUUAUGACUCUCAGACUUUCACCUGGGAGAAAUACCUGAAGGAGACCAAAGCUAAAGCUGCACCGGCACGACUGUUCAAUGCCGACUAUCCAGGUCACGGCUUCUCUCCCAACAUGAAGCUGGAGGCGGUGGACUUGAUGGAGCCACGGCUGGUGUGUGUGGCCACCGUGAAACGCUACGUGGGCCGCCUGCUGCUUAUCCACUUCGACGGCUGGGAGGAUGAGUUCGACCAGUGGAUUGACCACCAGUCCCCAGACAUCUACCCAGUCGGCUGGUGUGAGCUCAUGGGCUACCAGCUCCAGCCGCCUCCUGGACUCGUUGAUUUAAUCGAAAACCAGGCAGCACAGAACAAGAAAUGCAAUGGGAAAAGGAAAAAGAGGAACGCAAAGAAGAGGCUCUCUCAGGACCAAGCUAAAGAUGAUACUGGUCAGAAACCUGAGGUCGUUGACACUGACGUUCCUCCAGGGCUGGAAGGCCUCAGUCUUCCUCCAAAAAUGCCUCUCAUCCUGCCUAAGACUGAGCAAGAGGAGCAGGAGAUCUUUGCAGUGCAGGUGAAAGUGGAGGAGGUGGAAAUGGAGACCUCCAUUGAUCCUCCAGACAACCUUCAACAAGUCUCUCUGGGUAUAAUCAAACAGGAGGAGGGAGAGGAGCAGAGUAAGUCAGGACAACAUCAGGCAGCAGAGCAGAACAGCUUGGAAAACGUAUCGCAUGAAAAGAAGGAGCAGAGUGAAACUGCAGCAGGAAGAAGUGAAGAGUGGGGAACACUGGAAGAGCGCUGUACCGGUGAAAGCAACAUGCAGCAGAGUGAAACAAAAAAAGCAGUGGUGUAGAGAGGAGACAAAAGCUGGCCCAAGAGGAGGGGAGCCAAGGAGAUGAUAGUGCCAUGGACGAAAUUUCAGAGCAGGACACAACAGGAGAUCCUGCAGGAAUGGAGAGGUGAGACGAGUUUCUGCUUAAAGAAGGCAAUGUGGCAAAGAAUAAACUGAUGGAAAACGACUGUAAAAAGACAAAAUGAGACUGACAAAAUGCAGGCUGGGAUAUUUAGAGCAAAUAGAAAGGCACAACAUCAGGAGGAAGAGCCUUUUAAUUCCUGGUGGUUUAAAGUUAUGAUCCGUAAGAUUUCAGUCUUGGUUGAUUUAGCAACACGCAUGGUAACAGCAAGUGCGGGCCCCAGAAUAUUGGGUGCAACCAAACAAACUAAUGUUGUUUUAAUAGAGAAGUCAGACAAUAAUAAUUGCAAAUGCGAUUUAAUACUACACACAGCGCGAGUAGUUUUCCACAGAACAAUGGGGCACUAUAAUAGGACACGUGCAGCCUGUCGCCUGCUGCUUUCUCCAUCUAACAGCUCACUGUGGAGGCUCCUACUUGUUCCAUUGCUCCCUGCAAUAUUUAAAAUGCAUCCACAGUCAAAACGUUCCAAAAUGACUGUUUUGUUUUGCACAUGCUGUUUCUAAGAACAGUGGCAACCGUGGUGACAAAUUCAUUGUUUUCUGUGACUGCUUCACAAUAAAAGCCACUCUGUUUUUCGCCAGAUGAACACUUUUAAUGUGAUCUAGCAGCAGUAGGAAAUGGUGGGUUUGCAUUAGCAUUAACUUAAUACAGCCCAGAUACGGCUGUGGGAGACUGAACAGUAAACAGUGAGGCAGAUAUUUUUGAGAUAAAAUUACAAACACUAACAGUGGAUUACAUGCAAGCAUGUUUCCUGUGAAUCUGUUUGGCUUCGAUAGACAAUUUGAAUCCAGAGCAAGAAUGGUGGACUCCGCCACUACCAAUUUAAAAACUACUAUAUAGAGAAUUAUAGAAUAUAAAUGCACAGAAUAGCUAUUGCUGAAAAAUGCUGAUCAUAAAUAGUAUUAAAAACAGGGUUUGAUUUUAUGAAAAUCUUAAGGGUCAUUACUUUAAAUAUUUUAUACACCUUAAUGACAACAUGCAUGUGGAUCACAAUGACCAGCUUAGCCAGUUUUAAAACUACCUCACUUCCUCUAUGUUGUAACACAAACCUGUAAAUAUGACUCUGAAGGUCUUAAUGUUUGAUCAUUCUGGUUUGACACUGCAUACAAGUGUUUGUUGUAUUUUAUUUUUUCCUGUUUUAUAUCCACAUGUAUUCUUUUUUGUAAAUAUGAAAUCAUUGAUUUAAAAAAAAUACUGUUCCUCAACUUGCUGAUUUGAAUGUUGUCUCAAGGUAUCUUUACAAAUGGGACUUGAAAUUCAGUGAAUUGAGUACAUUCUACAGUUGUGGUUUAGUGGUUAAGGAUAAGUAGCUUAAAGCCAAAAACAUUUUCAAGCAAGUAACAAGCUAAUGACAUUCACUUCAAGAUGCUAAAACGUCCAACAGAGCUGCUGAGGAGCCUGAUAAGAUGGAAUGUGUAUCUAAUGCUGUGAAUGUGAACCAGGGCAGUGCUGACAAAGAGCAUAUGUGCUCAGUGUAGGUUCCCUGGAUGAUAAAAAAAUAAAAUAAAAAUUGUUUUGACCUUU